UGUUAUUUCAACUACUAUUGUGUUUCACAACUACGCAUUUCUUUAUCAACAGAUCUCGUUUUAUUUUGUAUAAAAUACCUACUCUAUGCUACAUUCUCAACCGGAUUUUAGAGCAUCACAUUAGGUAAGCCUACACACAUAUUCGUGUGUAUCUUCUUAUAUUCUUACUUUAAUACUCCUAUCUGUUCGUCUUCUCGCUCAAGACACAAUGAAUUUCUUCGGAUCAUUCUUCUACUCUUCCGCUCUCUCCGCUCCUUCUUCCCCCUACUUUCCCUCUCCCCCUCCUUCCCCUCCCUCCCUGACCAACCUCCCGUCCCCCACCGAAGAGCUCUGCGACCGCUGCUACCGCAUCCGCUACAGGGCCUUCCGGCCCGAACCCCUGGACCCGAGCAACCGGUCGCACUGCGCCAACUGCUUGAAUCCGCUCGGUUUGAUGGCGAGGAGGGAUAGCCUCGGCGGUAGCUGGUCUGAGGUCGGGAGUAGCUCUGGUGAGAGCUGGGUUGAUGUUGCGGAGGAGGUGGGGACGCGUGAUUUGGGGGAGUCUACUUGGACUCUUGUUUCUGAGUCUGAGUUGUAUUCUUCUGGUGAUGAGCGGAAGGAGGUGAAGGGGCGGAAGAAGGGGGGUGGUGGUAAGGAGAAGGAGAAAAAGGUAGGUGAUGGUAAGGAGAAACAGAGAGAUGAUGGUAAGGAGCGCAAAGAAGGCACGGGGGGCCAGCCCCCGAAGGUCAGAAAGUUGAAGCCUCGUCCCAGUCCUGCUGUUUAUGCGGCGAGGAAGGAGCAGGCUGUUUCUGCUGCUCCUGAGAAGGAUGGGAAGAAGGAGGAGGAGGUCAAGAAGGAGGGGGAGGAGAAGAGUGAAGAGGAGAAGAAGUAGGGGGGUGAGGAGAUGGUCUCGUUCGAUCGUUUGCGCUUCGGCGCUUGUUGUCUAGACGAGCGGUGUUCAGAGUACGAGGUUGGAUGAUGUUGAAUGGGGGCCUGAGCCGAGAAGUAGGUUUUCUACCUUGUACUAACCUAAGUACUUAUCCAGGUAAGCCCAAUGUCCCCAAUGAUGUGAAAAUCCCAUGUUAUGCCUUACCUGGAUAUAUU